AUUGAGCUAUCUGUCGAAUGUCGAAUGAUUGUGAUCAGCAACCACCAUGUGGAGCCUCUUCUCCAGAUACCUCUCUCAGCGGACAUCCAAGUAUCAAGAGCAGAGCUCUAGAGAUCUCUAUGAGACCCAUAGUCAGAGUUUGGGGUAUAGAAGACUGGGAAAAAUGAAAAUAGACUGUUCAUUUAUGCCGAGCUCGAAAUGGGGGACCCUGGGCUAUGACCCCAGUCAACCGGCCUGGGUGCUCUAUCUUCAACUACAGUUCAGUCAGCCUGCAGAUUGCACGCUCAAAAGUGCAAACAUCGAGCUAUCUUUUCAAAAACUUCAAUCCGUCGGCCGGUCAAAACUCGGCCCGGUUCUUACGGAAUACUUUGGCCCUAAAAGUAGUGGGCUGCAUCGCCGGGUGGAAUGGGUCGUCAGGGAGGCCAAACCGCCCUAUCAGACAAUACUGCAUCAUGACCAAGUUCGCGUUGGCCUUGUGAUCUCCCACGAUACAGAACCGUUUUUCAUUACAGUGCGCAUCGAAGGACAACUUGAAGAAACCUAUGGGGGAAUGCUUCGCUUUGGACGUUCGGUUGACGAUUCAAUCAGAUGUCUCUCAGUCCACGUGUCCCCACCUGCCAAUUUCGAAACAUCAGUAGAAGAGAUUGCAAAGCGGCUGAAUGAUGAAAUGACAAAUAUGAUCCUUGGUCAUUGUUCAUCAGAGACAACGUCCCACAAUAGAACGUCAUGGGAUGCCCAUCUCCCAGUUCAUGAAGAACCCAUGAAGGGACCCAGGCUUGAAGGCCGGAAGACAGAGAGCUUAAGGAAGGUGUGCGCAGAUGCCAACAAAGGCCCUGAUGACUAUACGAUCGGUUGGAUCUGUGCAUUGCCCCUUGAGAUGGCUGCAGCAAGCGCGAUGCUUGAUAAUGUCCAUACUAAUGUCCAUACUACUCUGCCGACCCAUCCGAACGAUCACAACAGUUACGUUCUGGGUAGCAUUGGAGCCCAUAAUAUAGUGAUCGCCUGUCUUCCUGAUGGGGUAUAUGGUACGACAUCAGCAGCGAUCGUGGCGUCCCAAAUGCAAGCUACAUUCAAGUCCAUCCGGUUUAGCUUGUUGGUGGGCAUUGGGGGAGGAGUACCCGGAGGCGACAACGAUAUCCGGCUAGGCGAUGUGGUUGUCAGCAAGCCUAGCGGAACCCUAGGGGGAGUAGUGCAAUAUGACUAUGGCAAGACCACUGCAAACGGCCAAUUUCUCCAGACGGGAGCCCUGAAUAAACCACCGCAGGCGCUCUUGACAAUGGUCGCCAGGAUGGAGGCUGAGUACAUGGUCAAUAGGGACCGGUUAAGCCGUUGUCUUGCUGACAUGGCAAAGAAACAUCCAGAAAUGCAGGAGUUUACACACCGUGGUCAAGAGGAAGAUCGACUCUUUAGCGCCGAUUAUGAUCAUCCAGCAUCUGCGCUGACCUGCGAAGCUUGCGACCCUGGUAAAUGCAUCCUUCGCAAACCUCGGAACAUCGACACACCUGUCGUUCAUUAUGGGCUCAUCGCGUCCGGGAACCAGGUUAUGAAACAUGGUCUAACUAGAGAUCGGCUCGCAAAAGAAUUCGGAAUUAUUUGCUUUGAGAUGGAGGCAGCAGGAUUAAUGGAUAAUUUCCCAUGUCUUGUCAUUCGCGGCAUCUGUGACUACGCAGACUCUCACAAAAACAAAACCUGGCAGAAAUACGCUGCUGCGGUCGCUGCUGCGUAUGCAAAAGACUUUCUUGUUAUGACACCUGCAAGGCAGGUUGAUAUUACGCCUAAAGUUGUCGGGUUGUAGUUAUUCUUGAGUUAAGUGAGCAAUAGCAGCAAUACCAG